AUGAGCUCUGGCAUUGGCUCCAUCGCCAGCACCGGGUCCAGGAUCACUGUUCCCAUCACCAGUAUCACCAGUAUGAGCUCCAGCAUUACCAGUAUUGGCUGCGGUACCAGCUCCAGUAUCACCAGUUCCAUCACUGGUACCAGUUCCAGUAUCACCAGUAUGAGUCCUGGCAUUGGCUCCAUCACCAGCACUGGCUCCAGUAUCACCAGUAUGAGCUCUGGCAUUGGCUCCAGCUUUGCCUGCUCCAGCAUCACUCCCAGUAUCACCAGUAUCAGCUCCAGCACCAUCAGUAUGAGCUCUGGCCUUGGCUCCAGCUUCACCAUCCCCAUCCCCGACACCAGCACCGGCUCCAGUAUCACCAGUAUCAGCUCCAGCACCACCAGUAUCAGCUCUGGCUUUGGCUCCAGCUUCACCAGCUCCAGCACCAGCCCCAGUAUAACCAGCCCCAGUAUAACCAGUUCCAGUAUCACCAUCCCCAUCACCAAUACUGGCUCCACCACCAGCAACGGCUCCAGUAUCAGUCCCAGUAUCAGCUCCAGCACCACCAGUAUCAGCUCCAGCAUUACCAGUAACAGUCCCAGUAUCACCAGUAUCACCAGUAUCAGCUCCAGCAUCACCAGUAUCAGCUCUGGCAUUACCAGUAUCAGCCCCAGCAUCACCAGUAUCAGCUCUAGCAUUGGUCCCAGUAUCAGCACCAGUAUCACCAGCUCCAGCACCAGCUCCAGUAUCACCAGCUCCAGCAACAGUCCCAGUAUCAGCUCCAGUAUCACCAUCCCCAUUACCAGUAUCACCAGUAUCAGCUCCGGCAUUGCCAGUAUCUGUCCCAGUAUCACCAGUAUCAGCUCCAGGAUCACCAGUAUCAGCUCUGGCAUCGGCUCCAGUAUCACCAGCUCCAGUAUCAGCCCCAGGAUCACCAGUUCCAGCUUCACUGGCUCCA